UUGUGAAGCACGAGAGGAAAGUAACGGUACUUUGCCAAUGACGUUUGAGGAUUUUGUUUGUGGUAGCACUGUGAAUUGAAGUUGUCUGCACUCUGCACAGUGGCUAUCAGGUGGUAGUGUGCGAAGUGAAUUGCGGCAGUCGAAUAAUUUGUUAUACAGUUUAGCUUCAUGGGCUCUUCUUCAAGAUAUUCAACGCCCGCGCAAAUGCGGUUUGUAGUGCAGUGGUUUAGUGAGUGGAGUGAAAUGCAGAGAAAUGAUUUCUUACUGGAGUUGGCCCAAAAAAUAAUCCCUAACGGUUAUGUUAAUGGUUUGGUAGCUGGUAUGGAUGGUGUUGCCGUGAAGGAAGAUCGCCCACCCUCUCUGUUUCAGUGCCGGAUCAAGCUGUUUAGGGAAUGGGCAGAUAAUUGGAACGAAUCUGAAAAACAGGAAGUUCUGUCGAAGAUUAAAGCUUUGGAUGCCAAUUUUGCAUCAAAAUUUGACGAAGAAUUGCAGUCGGUUUCACAAUCUAGUGAACAACCAAGCCAACCAGUUGCGGAAGGCGGAGAAACUUUGUAAAAAGGGAAAAAGUAAUAUUCGCAUUAAUGUGGGGUGUAGGUCUGUUCGAUCUGAUAAAAAUUUAAGUGCAUUGCAAAUUAUAGUAAACACAGGAAACAUACUCAAGUUUCUGGUGACUUGAAGUCAUUAGGGUUUAUGGUUCACUAAGUCUGUAUCAAAUGAAAUGUCUUAGAAAUGUUUAAAGGGCAUGUCUUCUCGUUACUAGUAGAGAUUGUACUUUCGAUACAUAUUAGGUCAGUAUUAGUAUUAUAUAUAGGCCUAGUAGUAAAUGACUUGAACUUCGUAUUUACCUGUUCCUUUUGGGUUUGGUCCUGUGUUAUUGCGGUUAAAAAUGCAGAAAAUAGUAUACAGAAUUAAGAUAUAGAAUUUAAUAUAUUUCAUUUUUUCUGCUAAAUACAGAUGAGCAUACAUUUUGUUUGGUACGCCAUCAGUUCAGUUGAUAGCGGAUUUUACUUGCUAAUAAGGCCUAUAGGCUGUGCUAAUGCACGGGUACAACCCAGAAUCUACGUAAUUUCACGUUGUUUGACAGUGUGUUGAAGCAGAUGCAACAUUAUAACCUUCUUGGUGAGCACUGUUGCUACUGUGUGUUCCAAAAAAAAAAAGUUAUGUAUGUAAAAUAGUACUACAGCCAGUUUUCUUCCAUUUGUUUGUUACUUAAGACCAUAGUGGUUGGUUCUGUAUACAGAGCUGCCUGCGGCAAGUGAAAUAUUUGCAGUUGAUGUAAUUUAUUUGGGUAAUGCUUUUAUCCACAUAUAUUUCAACAACACAUUUUUUUCCAUAAAAGUGCUGCCAGGGACAGGUUACUGAAGUAACUUUUUUUUUCCAAAAUUGUGCCUGAAUCCCUGAAGAUAAGAUCUGGAAUUUACUGUUCUGUUUUUUACCUCGUUCAUAACCUAGCUAUAACUAGCGAAUAUUUGAUUUUCCACCAGAAAUUUACAGUUUUUGUCAAUAGUAAGGAGAAAGUGAUUUUUGUCUGUAUGAGAACUUUGUUUUGAAGUUCACAGUUUCAUUCAAAAGUUGGGAGUUAAUACUUGGUUUCUUUUUUGUAUUGUUCAUGUGUUGUAAGCUACAGGAAAUUGCUUUGUGGACACAUGACAUUGUCAUGUAAUUUGUUAAUUGGCAGCUUGUAAGUAACUCAGGACAUGUUUUGCACUUAUGUUAGUUAACACAUUAGACAUGGAAUGUGUUGAAAUUCAGUUUCAUAAAGUUUGCAGCUCUUGAAUAUUUUAAAAAAAUUUCGCUGUUAAUGUGUUAAAUGGCAGUCCUUGUUCUUGGGAUGCACUUCAUUUGUGGUAACUGAGAGGUGUAUGUGACUGAUCGGGACUAGUGUAGCAGGGGAUACAACCCGUCGGCUUUGGACAAUGACGUCACAAGUCGCCAAACGAGAAGCGAUUCUUCUUAGUGUUGUAGCUCCCUUCAGUAGCUGAUAAGA